AUGUCCGACAAAGAUACUAUUAUUGAACAAGAAGGUGUUCCUGUCCGUGCUACAAUGCACAGCAAUGAGUUAAGCUAUUCUGAUGGCCACUCAGUCCUAUCGUCUCCAUCUAACAAGGAACUUGAUGAUAUGAAAGGUGAAGGUGAAUUCAACUCUGAGACUGAAGAACAUUCCCCAGUCUCUCCUCCUCCAGCUCCAAGUGGUACUAACUGGGGUGUCUGUAUAUUAUGUUUGUUGGUUGCCUUUGGUGGUUACAUUUCCGGUUGGGAUUCUGGUACCAUUGGUGGUUUCGAAGCCCAAACUGAUUUCUUGGCUAGAUUUGGUUCCACAAGUAGUGAUGGUACUCGUUAUUUGUCCAAGGUUAGAACUGGUUUGUUAACUUCCAUGUUCAACGUUGGUCAAGCCAUUGGUUCUUUCUUCUUAGGCCGUUUGGGUGAUAUUUACGGUCGUCGUAUCGGUCUUAUUGUCGCCUCUGUUAUUUUUAUCGCUGGUACUAUUAUUCAAAUUGCCUCUAUUAAGGCUUGGUAUCAAUAUAUGAUUGGUAGAAUUGUUGCUGGUCUAGGUUGUGGUUUGAUUGCCAUUUUGUCACCUAUGUUGAUUUCUGAAGUCUCUCCAAAGAACAUGAGAGGUGCCAUGGUUUCCUGUUACCAAUUGAUGAUCACUUUAGGUAUCUUUUUAGGUUACUGUACUAAUUACGGUACUAAGAGAUAUCACGAUUCUACUCAAUGGAGAGUUGGUUUGGGUCUACAAUUUGCCUGGUGUUUGUUGAUGAUCGGUGCCAUGUUAUUUGUUCCAGAAUCCCCAAGAUUUUUAGUUGAAAAAGGUAGAAUCGAAGAAGCCAAACGCUCCAUCGGUAAGUCUAACGGUGUUUCUCCAGAUGAUCCAGUCACCUUAUGGGAAUUAGAUGAAAUUCAAGUUGUCGUGGACAAGGAAAGAGCCGAAGGUGAAGCUGGUUGGUCUGACUUGUUUGACUCCCAAACCAAGGUUUUACAAAGAGUUAUUAUGGGUAUUAUGAUUAUGGCUUUGCAACAAUUAACUGGUGCCAACUAUUUCUUCUACUACGGUACUACUAUUUUCCAAGCUGUUGGUAUGCAAGAUGGUUUCGAAGCUGCCAUUGUUUUUGGUGUUGUUAACUUCUUCUCUACAUGUUGUUCAUUAUUAUUCGUUGAUAGUUUGGGUAGAAGAACCUGUUUAUUGUGGGGUGCCGCUGGUAUGACCUGUUGUAUGGUUGUCUUUGCCUCUGUUGGUGUUACUAGAUUAUGGCCAAAGGGUAAGAACGGUGGUGAAACCUCUCAAGGUGCUGGUAACUGUAUGAUUUGCUUCUCCUGUUUCUUCUUAUUCUGUUUCGCUACUUCCUGGGCUCCAGUUGCUUUCGUCAUUAUCUCUGAAUCUUUCCCAUUGAAGGUCAAGGCCAAGGGUAUGGCUCUGGCUACUGUUUCUAACCAAAUGUGGAAUUUCUGUAUUGGUUUCUUCACUCCAUUCAUCUCAGGUGCUAUUAACUUUGCCUACGGUUACGUUUUCAUGGGCUGUCUAGUAUUUGCCUGGUUCUACGUUUUCUUCUUUGUCCCAGAAACCAAAGGUUUAGUCUUGGAAGAUGUUGAUGUUAUGUGGCAAGAAGGUGUCUUACCAUGGAAGUCUGCUUCUUGGGUCCCACCAUCUCAAAGAGGUGCUGAUUAUGAUGUUGCUGCCAUGGCUAAUGAUGACACUCCAGUAUGGAAGAAAUUGUUCGGCAAAUAA